AUCUCUAUUCGGGAGACAGUCGCCUGGCCAAACGCGACGCAACUGCGAAUGCAGGCGGACGGACGAUCUCGGUCGGUCGGUCGGUCCAACUAUAUAAAAAUAAACCGAAACUGAAAGCAAGAAGAAGCCGUCCGAGCAGGCUGUGCCAAAAAAAAUUUCAAAAUUAGAGUACAUAUAGUGAUGUGCGGUCGUUUGCGUUGUAAAUAAUUUGUGAAAUAAGAUUAAUAAUAAAAAUAAUAUUACAAAUAUAAGCCAAACAACAUGUCUGCACUGAGUGUGGGACGCAAAAGUAGCGGCCAGCUUGAGGUUAUGCAAAAAGCUGGCUGGAAGAUCGAUGAGAAUGAGAAAGCCUGCUAUAUCGAUGUGGAUGAAGAUGAUGAUGAUGCCGGUGAUGGAGCGAAUGAUUCCAAGCGGGUCUACUCCAAUUGGUGCUACCUGCCGGACCUAAUCCUCGAGGAAAUUUUCACAUAUCUAAGCCCCAAAGAGAGAUACUAUGCAGGACUGGUUUGCCGGCAAUGGUAUCGUGCCUUUUACUUGCCCACGGUUUGGAACAACUUUGUGAUGGAUGAUCGCACCCUAACCCGACCGAAGUACAACUACUACUCCGGCUGGCAGUACUGCCUGGAUCACAUGCGUACACAGAACUGUCUGGCGAGGAUUGGGAAAUAUUUAAGGGGAAUUGAGUUUCGGCCAUGGCACAGCUUUAACAAUAUCUACCAGUUUAUGACACUAUUAUCAUGGAGCAUGGAUAAGGGUGCAGAACUGAAUGCCUCGCCGGAACUGGUGGGCAUGGGUCGCCGUAUCCGGUCGCUGGUCUAUCACUUCCCGUGCAACAUGUCGCAGCCCAAUGAUCCCGAGGGUAUCAAGCUCUUCGGCACUGGAGGGCAGCUCCUAAAGGGUUUGAAGGAGCUGCUCCUGCGGCUGACAGAUCUGCACACUUUGAAGUUGGUGGACUUUGUGCUGGAACGCUUCGAGGCGAAUCACUUGCUCGAUGAGGUUGUUUGCAGCUGUUGCACCAAGAUGAGGGUCUUGAAUCUUGUAAAUGUAACCACCACACACUGUCCCAUUAUGCAUGUGGGUUUGUUCCUUAAUCUGCAGGUGCUUACCAUUUCCCCUCAGAACAUAGACGACGAUGUCCUGUCCCUGCUGGCGGACACCAAGCUACGUCAUUUGUAUUUACUUCAAAACUGCUAUACGCCAAGUCACCUGACCAUAAGUGCCUGCGGCGUGAAGGCCUGGCGAAGUCUGAAGAAAACGAAUCCACGCAUGCGCGUCCACCUGCGGGUGGAGAACCUGACGGAUGGCGAGGUGGUGCUGCAGCCUGAGGCACCUGUCCACAGCAUCACAUACUGGGCACCGCAGGCCCGAAUCCGGGUUGACCUCCUCGUCCGAAUGGUGGACCAUUAUCGGAACACCUUGGCUGUCUAUGGCCAUGAGCUCCUGCCGCGCUUCUCCAGCCCCAAGCCCUUUCACAGCCGCGUCGAUAGUCUGAUGCUGCUCCUCUGCCGGCAGUGCUUCAAUCUGGACACACUGAUAAUCCGCGAGAAAGUCUCCACCUCGACGCUUUUGUUGAUUGCCCGAACUGCCAAGAAUCUGCGGCAUCUCUAUGUGCGACGCUUUGCGGUGAUUCUACGGUGUGACUGGCCCAGGCAUUUGGAGUGGAGCGAUGAGUUCUAUGCCUGGUUGAAAAGGAACUCCAGAUCCUAUGAGGCUGUCGAGCGGGAGAUCUCACAGAUCCUGGGAGAAAAGUGGCGCCUGCUGAGCGAUCGGGACUUUAAGCAGCUGACUGUGAAUGUGAAAUCGGGAAUCUAGAGAUUGAUUGAUAUAUAUGCCCUUCCUUGUGGGACUUGUGAUAAACGGUGUAGAGCUUUAACAAUUUAACCAAAGUUAACUGUACGAAAUAAAGCAAAUUGUUUUUCGAUAUUUUAA